CUAAUUCUAUAUAAAAUGCAGGUCAUUAAGAAUGGUUGGUGACACUGUUAUUACUGGUAGUGAUGACUGGACAGCAAGAAUAUGGUCUGUUUCACGAGGAACAUGUGAUGCUGUCCUAGCAUGCCAUGCAGGGCCAGUAUUAUGUGUUGAAUAUUCUUCGUUAGAUAGAGGAAUAAUAACGGGGUCAACCGAUGGCCUGAUGCGGUUUUGGGAAAAUGAUGAUGGAGGUAUACGGUGUGCAAAAAAUGUAACAAUUCACAACGCUGCCAUAUUAUCUAUCAAUGCUGGGGAGCACUGGUUAGGUAUUGGAGCGGCUGAUAAUUCUCUUUCUCUCUUUCAUCGGCCCCAAGAGAGACUUGGUAGUUUUUCUGGCCCCGGGUCAAAGAUGGCUGGUUGGCAGCUGUACAGAACACCACAAAAAACAGUUGCUAUGGUAUGCCAUUUUUUGGUUGUCAUAUAGUUUCAAAUUUCUAAGACUAUGGGAUGCAACCAUCAAUAUUUGAGUCUGAAUGAUAAAUAUAUGAAUGUUCAUGUUUGUAAUUGUAGCAUUGUUGUUUUAGUGAAAAGCAAGGCACGCAUUGAAGGGUGUUAUCUUCACUGUUUUUGUUUAUUUACCGGUCAAGUACAGACAAAUCUAAAGCUUGGAACCCAAGUUUGGCUGUGAUAAUCUCUGCAGCAUAUACGUCUUUAUACUGUGGUUAGAGGUUCCUGUAUCCUGAAUGUACAUAACUGUGAUGAAGAACAAUUUUUGUUAGUGUGGAUAAGUUUAGUUAAUUGUGCAGAACUAAUCCCAAUUGAUUUUGCAAUAAACCUUAUGGUUACUUUGUUCAAAUCAAGAUUCUUGUUAUGCUUGUUAAA